AUGGAUUCACUCAAGGGAAAUACUGCUCUUAUCACUGGUGCCUCCAUGGGCAUUGGUGAAGCUAUUGCACUCAAUUUGGCGGAAAACGGAAUGAAUAUCGCGCUUUUGGCCAGGAGUAAAGACAAAUUGGAAAAUGUCAGAGUCAAAAUCCAACAGAAAUUUCCAUCUGUUCGAGUCCAAAGUUUUCCUGUUGACAUUCAAAACCACGCCGAAGUUGAUACGGCAGUCCAAAGCGUCAUCACAGAGCUAGGUGAGAUCGAGGUUCUGAUAAACAAUGCUGGCCUUGCACUUGGUGCACCAGCCAGGUUCUGGGAGCUCCCAAUCGAUCUGGUUACCCAAAUGAAUGGCACCAAUAUCGCCGGUGUCAUGUACACAACCCAUUCGGUACUCAACAGAAGCAUGUGGCCCGGGAAACGGGGCACCAUUAUCAACGUUUCAUCUGUGACUGGUCUGGAAUGCCCUCCAUUUGAUGGUGAGGCUGUAUAUCAUGCGAACAAAGCUUGCAUUGAGGGCUUUACCAACAGCCUGCGCAUGGAAACAGCCGGUUCGGAUAUUCGAGUUCUAGCACUGCGGCCAGGUUGUGUCGUUACCAAUUUCCAUCUGCAAAGGGUAAAAUAUGACAACGAUGCCAUGGAUGAGUUCUUCUACGGUUAUGAGCCCUUGGUAUCCGAGGAUCUUGCCGACGCAGUUUGGUUCAUGCUUAGCCGCUCUGGAAGAACUUCAAUCAAGGCACUCGAUUGUGUGCCAACAGCACAAAGAUCACUGACUCUAUUUGAUCGAGAAUGGAAUACCAGACGAGAUGAGAAGGCUCAUGGCUACACUUGA